GAUUUUGAUCCGUCCAAAAGUUUCUCACAACCCACAAGUGAAACAAGGACAAUAAUUGUGCUUGUGUGGAAGAGAGAGUGACCCAAUAGCAUAUGCUUAAUGAGUUCCUUUUUGAUUCCUUGAUGUCCCGCAAUCAAAAACAGAAUAUCCAUUGGUAGCAUGUGAUUUAGAUUCCUCUGUUUUCACGCUCUCUCUGUUCCUUUCUUUUCGUACAGCAACACACAACCUCACAACAUUGUUUAUUAAUCUACCAAUUCAAAUGCUGUAACUUUAUAUUAUACACCUCCACACACCACUGCAAUCAUCAUGAUCAACUCUACGUCUCUCUCUAUAAAUCCCUCUCUCUCUCCUCCUUUUCAUUCACCUGCCACAACCACAACAACAACAUCAUCAUCAUCAACAACCCCUUCUUCAUCUGCUUCUUUCCCUUCACACCCUCCUCAGAUUUCUGCUAGAUUUCAUCUGUUUGGAGCAAAACCCAUCACCCCUUUUUGCAGAAAAGGUCUGUUGUACCCUUUUCAAGGGUCAGAGAGUGUGAGAAGCAGAAAAAGUUUGGUUGUUGGAGCUGCUGCCAAAAUGACCAUAGAUGAUGAUAGCUUGCUACAUGCGAAUGAGGAUGAAGAGAAUCCUCCAGAGUCUGUUUUGCUUGACCUUGAGAACUGUUCCAAGCCUCGCAGAAUCGCUCUCUUCGUUGAGCCUUCUCCUUUUGCAUAUGUCUCAGGAUACAAAAAUCGUUUUCAGAAUUUCAUUAAAUACCUUCGAGAAAUGGGAGAUGAGGUAUUGGUUGUGACAACACAUGAAGGAGUGCCCGCAGAAUUUUAUGGAGCCAAAUUAAUUGGAUCCCGCAGCUUCCCUUUACCCUGGUAUCAGAAUGUACCCCUCUCUUUGGCACUUAGUCCAAGAAUAAUUUCAGCAGUUGCCCAGUUUAAGCCUGACAUAAUACACGCAUCAUCGCCAGGCAUAAUGGUUUUUGGUGCUCUUAUCAUUGCAAAGCUUCUGUCUGUUCCUAUUGUGAUGUCCUACCAUACUCAUGUACCAGUAUACAUCCCAAGAUACACCUUUAGCUGGCUGGUUCAACCCAUGUGGUUGGUCAUAAAGUUUCUGCAUAGAGCAGCUGACCUAACCCUGGUGCCAUCAGCUGCCAUUGGAAGGGAUCUUGAAGCUGCUAAAGUUACAGCGGCUAACAAGAUUCGUCUUUGGAACAAGGGGGUUGAUUCUGAAAGUUUCCAUCCCCGAUUCAAGUCUCCUGAAAUGAGAUCAAGAUUGAGCAAUGGUGAACCUGAGAAGCCAUUGAUAGUUCAUGUUGGACGGAUUGGAGUUGAGAAGAGUUUAGAUUUUCUCAAAAGUCUCAUGGAUAGGCUUCCUGAAGCAAGAAUUGCUUUUAUUGGAGAUGGACCCUACAGGGAGGAGCUGGAGAAAUUGUUUGAAGGCAUGCCUGCAGUAUUCACAGGAAUGCUAGGAGGUGAAGAGCUAUCUCAGGCAUAUGCUAGUGGAGAUGUCUUUGUCAUGCCUUCAGAGUCAGAGACACUUGGGCUAGUUGUCUUGGAAGCCAUGUCUUCUGGAAUUCCAGUGGUUGGAGCGCGCGCCGGUGGAAUCCCGGACAUCAUCCCUGAAGACCAAGAUGGCAAAAUCGGCUAUCUCUACACUCCAGGUGAUCUUGAAGACUGCUUGAGCAAGUUAGUGCCUCUGCUGCAAGACAAGGAGUUAAGAGAAACCAUGGGAGAAGCUGCGCGUUUGGAGAUGGAAAAGUAUGAUUGGAGGGCCGCCACGAAGAAGAUUCGCAAUGAAAAUUACAAUGCCGCCAUUUGGUUCUGGCGCAAGAAAAGGGCUCAACUGUUGAGACCAUUCCAGUGGCUAGCGAAACGCGUUUUCCCAUCUCCAGAAGUCGUAUAGAAGUGGUGAAUGCAGCUUUCAAUUGGUUUGGCUUCAAGGAAAGCCUUGUGUGUAUGAGACAAAUGUGUGGUUGGUUAAGUGUAAUGGAUUCAUUUGCUGUAUAUAAUGGAACAAAAAUUAUGGCAGCUUGUGCCAUAGUUUGUGCCAUUAUGAUUAAGUGAAUUUAAAAGAUGAAUGUGUAAUGUAGACUGUCAUGAAUCAUGACACAUUGGGUCACCAAUAA